UUUAAUCAUGAACAGUAUAGGUUAUGUUAUGCUUAACGACACAAGUUUCAAGUUUGUUGUUUUUUUCAUUUGUCAAUUAUGAUAAUUAAAUUAAAUGAUGACAUAAUUGUACAAUAAUUUAUAUCCAUUAAUUUGAAACAGAUAAUUUUGUCCCUCAAGCAGUAGUUUACAAAUAAUGAAUUAUUAGUUGUUUUCAUUUGAUUCAAAAAUGUCAAACACUUUUGCUGGUAAAAGUUUACUGCAAUCAAAUGUACUUCAAUGCAAAAAUCUUCACGAAUACUUGAAAGCACAAACGCCCGAAGUGCUUGAUAGACUUUACCACAAUCCACCAAUUUGUCUUGCGGUGUUCCGUGAAUUACCUACAAUAGCUAGACAUUAUAUUAUGAGAUUGCUGUUUGUGGAAAGACCAGUUCCUCAGGCAGUUAUUACCUCGUGGUGUUCAAAGUUGCACGCCGAAGAACAUCUAAAAGUGGCUCAUUCGUUAACGGAAUUAAAUGUUUGGACUGAGGUUUCAAUUUCUGGUGGGUUGCCUGGAUGGACGUUAAAUAAAAUAUUUCAGACAAAUUUGAAAAUUGUCUUACUCGGAGGAGGAAAACCAUGGACUAUGUCGAAUCAAUUGGAUACUGAUAGUAAGCCGAGAGAUAUUGCUUUUCUCGAUUCUUAUGCUUUAGAAAGAUGGGAAUGUGUUUUGCAUUACAUGGUUGGAUCACAGCAACAAGAGGGCAUAUCAGCAGACGCUGUUCGUAUAUUACUUCACGCUAAACUUAUGAAAUGCGAUGAAGAGGAUGGAAGUCCUGUAAUUACUCAAGGAGGAUUUCAGUUUCUACUGUUAGAUACUGCUGCUCAGGUGUGGUAUUUUAUUCUUCAAUAUCUAGACACAAUAGAAAAUAGAGGGCUCAACUUGGUUGAAUGUUUAACUUUUUUGUUCCAAUUAAGUUUCUCUACUCUUGGUAAAGAUUACAGUACUAGAGGUAUGUCUGAAGGUUUAUUAACGUUUCUGCAACAUUUAAGAGAAUUUGGACUUGUCUAUCAACGUAAACGGAAAGCUGGAAGGUUUUAUCCUACUCGUCUCGCACUGAAUAUAGCAACUGGACAAAAUAAUCCUUUAUCUAGAGAUUUAGAAAAGGAACGUUAUAUUGUGAUCGACACCCACUUUGGAGUUUGUGCUUAUACGAAUUCAAAUUUACACGUUGCACUGCUUGGACUGUUCUGCAAGAUGAUUUGCCGGUUUUCCAAUCUUGUUGUAUCGCUAUUAACACGAGAUUCAGUUCGGCAAGCUUUAAAAAGUGGAAUCACUGCAGCACAAAUAAUUAAUUAUCUUCAGCAACAUGCACACAGUCAAAUGAUAAAGGACGGUCCUCCAACUUUACCUCCUACUGUGGUUGAUCAAAUAAAACUUUGGGAAAAUGAAAGGAAUAAAUUUAUGUUUACUGAGGGUGUUUUGUAUUCUCAAUUCCAUUCCCAAGCUGAUUUUGAAGUUUUAAGGGAUCACGCUCUAUCAACUGGAGUUUUAAUUUGGCAAAGUGAAAGAAAGCGGACGAUGGUUGUUAAUAAGUCUGGUCAUGAUGACGUUAAAAAAUUUUGGAAAAGAUACAUGAAAGGGGCAAGUUGAUGAGAAAAAUCGAGUUCAAUGUACAUAAAUGUAGUUAUGCAAUUAUUACCUAUUUUGUAGAUGUGCGGUAGCAAACUACAAAGGUUUUAUUUUUUUUAUACAUUUUUUAAUUUAUACUUUGCAAUUGUAAAUAAAUUAAAAACCAAAUAAAU